CCUAGAAACUGCUUCACUGCCCUCGUGCUUUCGUAGCCCUGUGGGUUGUCAUCCGCAUGGAUGACGCCUUCAGCAGCUACACCGACACCGACGGCGACAGCGAGGCGGCGUUUCUGUCCGAUGGGCAGAAGAGCGGAGAGGAAGGUGCCGGCUGCUGCAGGUGCUGCUGGUGCUGCUGCAAGGCCUCCACUCUGCUGGUGCUGCUGCUGUGCGCGGGCUGGGCCUUUCGCCAGCCCCUGGCAGCGCACCUGGCGCGGCGAGGCGUCGCGGCGGCGGAGCUGGAGGUUUUCUCCGUGUCCAUCGAUGGCCUCGGCGGCGGCAAGCUGCGGCCGGCGGUGGUGGCGCGGGUGGCGCGCCCCAGCCCGGUGGAUGCGGAAGUCAGGAUGUCCCGGACCAUCCUCGCCGCGGAGGUCCCAAGCGGCAUCGUGCGGGUGGGCCGCCUGGAGUUGCCGCCGUUGCAGGUGCGGGCCUGGGAAGACCUUUGGCUCAACCUCACAGCAGAGGUGUCGAUUGACAACCUCACGGCAUUCGGGCUGGCAGGCCAGCGAGCGGUGCGCGAGGCCGAGUCGCAGUGGGCUGUUGAGGGCCUGCUGGAGGUCCGCGUGCGGCUCUGGGGCCGCGAGGCCCUGCGCCUGGAGGAGUUGCCGUUUCAUCGCGCGGUGAAGCUCAAGGGCCUCGCGGGCUUCGCGCAAGCGAGGCACCCGGUGACCAUCCUGGACAUCAAAGAGGCAGAGGGCCAUCCGCACCGCCUCGAGACCUCGGUGGCCAUCCAGAUCUUCAACCCCUCCAACCUGGCGGCCAGCCUUUCGGAUCCCUUGCAGUUUGACAUCACCCAGCGGAACCGCUCCUUCGGCACGGCUUUGGUGCACGGGGUGAAGCUUCAGCCCGGCCGCAACGCGGUUACUGCGCGCUUCACCCUGCGGGAGGAUGCUGAGAACGCGGAGGCGGUGCGUGCUUUUGUGCUGGGCUACGUGCGUCAUGAGCUACAAACGGUGACGAUGAGCGGCUCCGGCAGGUCGAGCCAAGACCCGCUCCUCUCGGCACUGCUCGAUGGUUUGCAGCUGCCCUUCCGCGUUCGGCCGCCCGAAGGGAACUUUAUCCGGCGCAUCGAGGCGCAGGUGGGGCUUGUGCAGAUGCAGGUGCUGGCGGAAAUCGCCAACCCGCUGCCCCAGGAGAUUGUGCUGGGUGCAAUGGAUCUGAGCAUCCGCGAGAAGGGAAGCACGGGCCAAGAGAUCUUUCGCCUUACCGGCAAUGCCACCUCAGGACUGGGGGGCGAAGUGCUGAAGUCCAAGGCGGUCUCAAGGCUGAGGCUCUCCCUGCGCACGAUGGAUGCCAAUCUCAAGGACUUCUUCCUGGUGGGCCGUCUCGUCGAGGACGCCGUGGACGGCGCCGCGGUGGUCGGGGUGCGGGGCCCGUUGGCCAUUACCGUGCGCCCGAGCUUCCACCUGAUGCUGCAGUACAUUGCCGACAACGUGACGGCAGAGCUGUACUGCCCAGUUGUUUGUGGCUCCGCACACAGCAUGUUCAACCCGGCCACAUGGUUCCCGUCGGAUUAGAGGUCGUUUGGAAUGCAGCUGUAGAAGACCUCUCACUUUCUGUGAUGCCAGCUGGACGAGCUUACAGUGAGCGCGCCUGGGGGGGGGGUUUGGCACGCCCUUUCGGUGUCACAGGAAUGGCGUUGUCCGUUACCAUUGGACAGAUAGGCGGUCCGAAAGAGAAUGAGCCCUGAAAGGGAGCAAGAGCCCUGAGGGUUUCCCAACUUGCUGUGGACAGCGGAAGUGAUAGUUCGGCCAAAGUGUCGAAGGCACCUAUGUUGCA